AUGCCAAGCCUCGGCAAGUUCAAGAGUCCUCAGCCAGCACUUCUCAUCCUACCCCCGUUCUUCAAGACGACUAUUCUUAUUGCGGCAAAUCACUGCAAUUCCGGAGGCUUUUCCUACAUCAAAGCACUAAUCAUGUCCUCCAAAGACGCGAAAGAUAAUGCGGGUGAGCCGUGGAACUCGAAGACAAGCGAGAAAUUCAAUAGCAAACUACCUGGAGAGUAUCUCGACCCAUGUCAGGAGGCGGCUUCAAGAAGUCUGAAGUGUCUGCAUCGAAAUGGGGGAGAUAGAGAGAUGUGCACAGAUUAUUUCCAAGCAUAUCGAGACUGCAAACAGCAAUGGCUAUCAGCGAGGAAAGAAGCCAAGCUGAAGGAUGGGAAAUCUUGGUUCUCGUGA